GCACUGUAGUCAUACAUGGAAAUGUUGUCCUUGUUCACUUUUUUUCAAGCUCAUUUCAGUUGAGAGGUAGCUAAGGGUUAAGGCUUUGCCAUACAUGUUAAAUAACAUCAACGCAUCCACUUAAUGGAAACGCAACAUCGCUAUCAGCGAAGGUGAUUGGAGAUACGGACUAUCCUGCUGGCAUACAGGCACUGCUCUGCCUGUCCCGUCCUUUCCACCCGCCUCGCUCUGUUUGUUCCGCCCACCCGCUUCUGUGGAUGAGAUGACUGUGGUGGUGACCUCCAGAGCUUCGAGAGUGACCCAGUGAUGGCUCGUCCUGCCCCUUCUCCCCUGUACACCCUGAGGGGGGCUGGAUCCCCCCUUAAUACCUUGCACUUCGGCUGCUGUGAAGGGGACCCUCCCCUGCUCUUUUCUGGCUCAGGCCAGGGGUCAGUCCAUGUGUGGAACCUGACCACCAGGAGAGCUGAGAGGGUUCUAGAAGGUCAUUCUGGAGCCUCUGUCACCUGGCUUAACACGCUCCACUCCAGAGACACUCUCAUCAGUCAGGGGCGGGACAUGCGUGUGUGCUUGUGGGACCUGGCUGAGGGGCGCGGUGACGUCACGGACGCCCUGUGGACCGGCAGUGUGGGGUUCUGUCGCUGUUCCCUGCUAGAGACUGGCCCUGGGAGAUGGCUACUGGCCCACGCUGGAGAAGCCAUGGAGGAGGUGAAGAUCAUUGAGCUGCCCAGCAAGAGCCCAGUUUGCUCCCUGAUACCACAAGCCAAGCUGGGGAUGGUCAUGUGCAUCAAGCUAUGGCAGCCAGACUCAAGCCCUGGCCCUCUCCUCCUGGCUGGUUAUGAGGACGGCUCCCUGGCGCUGUGGGACGUAUCCCAGAGGUCCGUGCUGAGCCGUGCGGCCGCCCACCCUGAGCCCGUCAUGUGUCUGGACUUUGACCCCGCCGGGCAGAGGGGCGUCUCUGGCUCCUCCGAGAAGAGCCUCGCCUCCUGGAUGCUUGACGGACAGCACAGACUCCAGCUCCAGGAACCCGUAGCCCUUGUGAAUCCUGGGAUCUCCCAGCUGUGCAUCCGGGGGGACCGUAAGAUCGUGGCGUCGGCCGGCUGGGACCACCGUGUCCGUGUGUUUGGCUGGAAGAAGCUCCGGCCCCUGGCUGUCCUCCAGCACCACACAGACAUGGUGCUGAGCCUGGCCUUCUCAGACCACCAGGACCCCAGGAACAGGAUGCUGGCCGCGGGCUCCAAAGACCAGCGCAUCAGCCUCUGGUCCAUAUACAACCAGGGCAGCUCGGACACUGGGUGAGCUACUGGGCCCUGUUGGUAUGUUAUGGAUGUGACCAUGAAUGCAUGUAUCUCACUCCAUAUAAGGAGUUUUCUCGCCAGUGAAAAGACAUUUCCGACAUAGCCAAGAUGGAUCAGGUCAGGAUGAGAUGUCUUUGUGCUUCCAAACAAAAGCUUUCAAGACGGCUGGUUAGUUCUGCUAACAAUUCACUGAGACUUCAUUUGAACACAUUAUUUUUGGUCAAAACCAACUGUUUUAUUGUGUUUGCUUAUCUGGUAGGAGAUUUGCCUGAGCAGACUUGAAUUUGAGGUAUAAAUCGCGCCUGAGUGACUGUGUAAUCCUGUGUUGUUGAUCUAGUUUAACAUUUCCCUCUGCUCUGACCUACACUGCAUCAGUCAAACAGUGUUAACCACAGAACUGGGACAGAAGAGACAAAGCUGUUUGUUAAGGAGGGCCAAUAAACAAUCUUCCCUCAACUAGA